AUGUCGAGCUACAAGAACAGAUCCUUUCACUCCAGGGACAACUCGAAACGAUCGCAACAACCAGGGCCCCUACAACCCCGGAAAGAACCCAACUGUGUCAGGAUCAGCACUCGGCACACGUCCGAGAUAGAUGACGAUGAAAACGGCGGGUUCCGGAGGUACCUGCCCACGGACAUGGCCAACGCGAAGAUCCGAUCAGCACUGUUGAGCAUAGACACCACCAAGGACGCGCAAGUGGCAGGGGUUGGCACAACCAAAACAGGAUAUGUUAUUAGGUUUCGAGAUGCUCAGUCGGCUGAGAUGGCUCGGAGCAACACGGCAUGGCUUGAAGAACUUGGAAACGAAACCAAGCUGGUAAAACCUCGAUUUGGCAUUGUCGUCCACCGAGUACCCACAGAAGACUUCGACCUCGAAUUCAACAAGAAAGAAGGAAUUGAGAAGAUUCUAGCAGAAAAUAAACUAGACGAGAAAGGGUUCGAAAUUGAAGAUAUUGCAUGGCUAAAGAAGAAAGACCGGCCACUGGGACAAUCGGCAUCCCUGGGCAUUUGGUUCAACACGCCAGAGGCAGCAAACUCAGUCAUCAAGGACGGAUUCUUAGUAGGCCAAAGAUACAUUGGAAGUGUGGAGUCAUAUCGAGUCGAGUUGAAGAGAUGCCACCGUUGCUAG